UAUAUAAAAGGACCUCUAAGCGGUAUCAAAACGCAUACUUCGCUGCUUGUUAAACGUGCGAAAAGUCGUGUCGUUUUGAUAGAAUAUCUCCUCAAGCUCUCUCUCAUAGAAUAAUAAUGGCUCGUCUCGUGCUGUCACUCGUCAUCCUUCUGUUGGCCGUCGCGGCCUAUUGCGACGCCUCGAACGACUUAGUGGUCGGCCGCCGCGAGGAAGGCGACGAGCUCAUUCAAUCGGACAAGGUCAAGCUGCUCAACAUCAUACCGCUGGAGGUCGUGACCAUUGUCAAGACUUACACGGGCGACAAUGCCUCGCUCAUCACCUACAUUCGCGCCAUGGAUCUGGACAAGAACAAUCGGGGCGCCAACGCAGCCAUCAUCGCGGGCGGCAUCGGCGACAAGUUCGUCACCAUCAAGUUCACCAGCCGCAAGUCCAUACUGCCCACAACCAUCGACUUCAAGGUCGACAUUUACGGGCUCAAAGUGACCAAAGUCUUCGACGUCAACAGCGACUUAGUCGUGGAAUAAUUUGCCGUUUUAUUUUUAUCGUUUUUUUAAAAGUGUGUUCAAGUGCAUUUUCAAAUUAUUCAAAUAUAACUUUAUUACUUUGAAAAUCAAUGAGUUUGGCAUUUUUUCUUCGAAGGAAAAUUUUGAAAAAAUUUUUCAUCGUACGGUCGCAUCGGAGGAGUUGAUUUCUUUAAUCGGUUGCAUGGAAAAACUUAGCGCUUAAUUUUUUUAAUUUUAUUUUAACGUAACUUAUUCACGCUAUGUGAUUCGAUUAAAAAUGAAGCUCGUCGAGUUGAGCUAUAAUGACGUUAAUUAACUGUGUGUGCGGGCGAUGUCAAGGCGACAUUAUACGCGCUUAAACCAUGAAAAUGACGCUCGCUUAACGAUCGACUUUUAUUAAACGCAAUGACAAAAAAAACAUACACAAAAAAAUCGCUCAAAUAAUGAUAAAAUUGGAUCAAUGCUCGUAUACCUAUUACUAGCUUGUUCGGUUGUGUAGCUUUAGGACAGGGUUGCUGGAUGGAGAGAAGGGAUGGAGAGCGAAAGAGCGCCAAAUAUUGUCUAGUCGUGAGUCGGUCGUAGCUGUUGAAGUUGCUCAGUUAGCCGUUAGCUUUUAAAAGCAUCGCAUCUGGCCCUCACCAUCUCUUUUCUCACUCCAGCACGGAGCUUUUUUUGAGUCUGUAAGCUUACCAGAGAAUUGCCCUUUGUUAAUUAUUUAAAUAAUAAAGAAGUUGUGAUUAUUACGAAA